CUCUCUCUCCUCUCUCUCCUCCGCUCUCUCUCCUGGCUGUCCUUGGGUGAGUUCUCUGUGCUGCUUGUCUGCUGUCGGAGGAUCUGUAAGCCUGCUUUGCCCCGUGGAUGUGUACGUCUGCACCAUCAUCUCAGGGACACGGAGGCCAGGUCUUGGGAAGAGCAAUGCUAGCCGGCUGUGUCCUCUAAGCACGUCCACUGCAGCAUGACUUCAUUCUAAGUCACCGCUGUCAUGUCUGCAUCAGAGGCUGGGGAAAUGGAAAAUGUUUUUGACCUGAACGAGGCCGUCCCUGAGACGGAGCUGCUCGACAGCAGUUUGCAGAAGGCUCGGGCACAGCUCUCCGUCAAAGCCAGGAGGCACCGGCCCUCGCGCUCACGGCUUCGUGACAGCGUCAGCUCCACCGAAGGAGAUGAAAGCCUGGAGAGGAAGUCUCUGGACAGCUACGGCAGCCCCCUGCACUGCAUGCGGUCUCCUCUGCACUCGGCCCUGCACGGCUCCUCCGUCUCCCCAGAUGCUCUGCUCUCGUCCUCACCUGUGCUGCGGAGCCCCGCCUUCACCUUCGACACCUCCCUGGUGCGACGCGCCGCCGAGGAAGCUCGAACACCCCCUCCGGCUCCCAGGGGCCGGUACAAGCAGCUCACCAACACGCCAUCGCAGGAGGUCCUCUGCUCCACGCCAACAAGUUCUCCAUCCCGCUCCUGCCCUAGCUCAGACAGCUCACCCAUCUACAUUCGACGGGAGCAGCGAAUUGAGAGCGAAGAGGAUGGCCUUGACGGCGGCCAGGCGGAGCCGAGCAGUCCCGCGGUGAUCCUAGACAAGAAGACCAAAAGGAGAUUCCUGGAUCUUGGAGUCACACUGCGUCGCUCCUAUGGAAAAGUUAGGAAGGAGAAGUCCAAUAGGCUGUCGGUGGGAAACAGCAGGGAGCCCUCUGAGAGCCCAUCACGGUCCUCAGGACCACCCUUCGUGCCUUUCUCCUGGUUCAGUGACAGUGGAAGGGGCUUAGCCUCAUCCAGCAUCACCCCCAAGACCACCUCACCAAGCUGCAGGUCUGCCUCCCAGGAGUCAACACUCAGUGAUGAUUUCUGCCCGCGAAGUCCUCGCGUUUCCAGCGGCUCGGGGGCGGAAUCCAGGUCUUCCCAUCCAUACCAGACGCUCUCCCAGUCCUCAGAUGAGUUUGUGGAUGAACCCAUGUGCCUGGUGUCAACCUGGAGCACCCAACAAGUCUGCCAGUGGCUGAAAGGGUUAAACAUGGAGCAGUAUAUCCCGGAAUUCACUGCCAGAGAAAUUGACGGAGAACAGCUGCUGCAGAUGGACAGCAGUAAACUGAAGGGGCUUGGCGUGACCAACUCCUCAGACCGCAGUGCACUAAAGCGCCGUCUCAAAGACAUCCACGCUGCCGCCGAAAAGGAGCGCAAGGCCUUAGACAAGCUGGAAAAGCAGAAGGAGAAGCAGCGCAAGAAGGACCAGGAGCAGCGCAAGAGCUAGGAAGCACCAGGGGGCAGUCUACCCCUGUCCCGCUCCCUCUCUAUGGCUCUUUGCCAUACAGACAAAGAGGAAGAGGCAGUGUGUGAAAUGACCACCUUGUAUUCAAAACACCCUUUUUCUGCAUCCGACAGAAUAUUCCUGAAAAUCGUACAAAUUCGUACUUUGCUCCAUCAAUAAAAAUAUCCUUUACGUCAUAGCGCGACGUAUCCAGGAGAGUCCACAAAAAACUUGUUAAAUUGUUCUAGCAACAUCUAUUAGCUCCAAAUAUUUGACACCACACACAAGUUACAGGAGCUUGUCCCGAGGUCCACCCCAAGGCACCCCAAGUGGGAUUCGAUCCCCAGACGAGCCACACAGUGGGCCCCAGCCAAGCCCGCUGCACCACCUUGCCACCCUAUUUGAUUCUAAAAAUCUGAAAUUUUAAAAUCAAACUGGUUAGUUUUCCAGAGUCAAAUUAGUCUGGUGGGUCUGGGGUUCAAGUCCCGCUUGAGGUGCCUUGCAACUGACUUGCGUCCCGUCCUGG